CCUUUUGCGUUUUUGUUUUUGAAAAUUUUGCAUUCUCUUUUGCAAUUUCGAAAUUCAUCCUUUGUGUAUGCUAAAUGCUUGUUGUUGAAUGCGUUUUUUUAUAAUCGUAAGUUGAAUUAACCAUCUGUUAACGUAAUUGUAAUUAGUUCAUUAUAGUAAGUAAUUAGAAUACUGUUGACUUUUGUCAGAGAUGUUAUUUUCUUUUUUCGCUUCACCCGAGUAUUAUUUUUAAUUUGAGAAAAAGUCGAACCACUUCAAUCAUCCAUCAUGAAACGUGUUAUAUUAUUCAAAAAUGGAUGUAACGACGAUGGAAAGGUCAUACCACUUACUACAUUCCCUGAGCUCGUAGCCGCAGCUACUGUAAAAUUCGGAUUUGAAGUCAAAAGAAUAUUCACUGCGGAAGGUGGCGAAAUCGAUAAUAUAGAAGUAUUACGAGACAACGAACUCCUUUAUGUAUCAGCGGGCGAACCGUUCGUCAAAGAAGAUAAGCCCGGUGGUCACGGCGAAGGUAGUGAAAGAGAUUGGAUUACUUUGAACGUUGGCGGAGUUACUUUUCUUACUUCUAGAGCUACGUUGAUUCUAAAAGAACCUAACAGUAUGUUGGCUAAAUCGUUUUCCAGAAUGUUUUGUAGCAACGAUAGCGGUCUCGUUCCUAGUGAGAAAGAUUCCAAUGGUGCAUAUUUAUUGGAUCGAUCCCCGGCGUAUUUCGAACCAAUUAUUAAUUACUUGAGAACGUCGCAAAUUAUCAUCAAUACGGAUGUCAAUCCUCUCGGUGUAUUGGAAGAAGCUCGCUAUUUUAAUAUCGAAUCUAUGAUCCCACAUUUGGAAGCUAUCGCUGCGAAACAUUCAGCUUGUAGAGAUACUACUCCGCUGAGUACUCGCGAUGUCGUCGAUGCUCUUAUAUCAACAGACCAGAACUCUAAAUUACGUUUUCAAGGCGUCAAUCUCGCAGGAGCUGAUCUUUCACGUCUCGAUUUACGUAACAUAAAUUUUAAGUACGCAUGUUUACAAGGAUGUCGUUUAGCGGGCGCGAACCUGAGUAACUGUAUUUUAGAAAGAGCCGAUCUCUCUAAUGCGGUAUUAGACGGAGCGCAGUUACUCGGAGUUAAAAUGCUCUGCGCUAAUUUAGAAGGGGCUAGUUUGAAGGGUUGUAAUUUUGAGGAUCCAGCUGGCGUAAAUGCUAAUAUGGAAGGAGUCAAUUUGAAAAACGCUAAUUUAGAAGGAAGUAAUAUGGCUGGGGUUCAUUUACGAGUUGCUACCUUGAAGAAUGCCAAUUUACAACAUUGCGAUUUACGAGCAGCUGUAUUAGCCGGAGCUGACUUGGAGAAUUGCGAUUUAUCUGGAAGCAAUUUACAUGAAACUAAUUUAAGAGGAGCAAAUCUGAAAGGAGCUUCGUUAGAACUGAUGCAGACCCCAGUGCACAUGUGCCAGACAGUCGCGAAUUGAAGUUUAAUUUUUCGUAUUUUUUUUUUUUAUAUAGAUUUAUCAGUUAUCGCAUAAUUUGUUGUUCAAGUCGUGUUUUUCGUGUUUUUCCUUUUUUCAUUUAUUAUCAUGAAUAUAUAUUAUCUCUGAUUUAAA